AUGGAGUUGGAAGAAGCGGAAGCAACGCAAUUUCUCGAAUCGCUCCUGGGCAAAACGUUGCACGUCACCGUACCAGAUGGGCGUCUGUUCACUGGCAGAUUCCAAUGUACCGAUCGUGAAAGUAACAUCAUUCUAUCCACUGCCUUCGAAUAUCGCAUGCCACCCAAGGCCUCCGAGAAGGCUGCCAUAGACGAAGUCAAAGCCACCGGCCAACCCAGGAGAGCUGACAUGACUUCACGAUUCGUCGGCCUUAUUGUCAUUCCAGGCAAGCAGAUUGCAAAAAUGGAAGUGGAAGAAAAGAGGGACUGGCCUGGCAGUAGCGGACAGCCCUUUUCCAUUCGAACCAAGACAUGA